AAAAAAAAUUACAAUCAUGAAAUUCGCAUCAGUCUUAAUCAUUUUUUUGGUAUUUGUCGUUGCCAUUGCUUCUGCAAACCCCAUCCUUGAAAGAAGAAAAUUAGGAAACAACGUAGUUACUACUGGGGUUAAAUUCAAGGAUUUAUAUGAAAGCCUUAACAAUAAGGUGAAAAAGGUCGAAAAAGCGUACGGUGAAGCAAUCCCAUCAUUUCAUAAAGAAAUAAAAGAAGCUGCUGAAAAGGAUGGAACUGAUGUACCAGAAUUUCUUGAAAAAUGGAAUAAAAAAUAUAAGUCACUUUCAGUCCAAUAUAUUGCAAUCUCUAAUGCCAUGGGCAAGAGUAUUGAUAAACUUGGCAAAUAUAUAAAAGAGAAUAGUUAAAUUCUUGAAAUU